AUGGCAGCGCCUUGCAGAAACAACAGAAUAUGCGAGAGAUCAAUCCUGGACCGCGUGCCGCCACUGCUUACCGAUCUCUAUCAAUUCACUAUGGCUUACGCGUACUGGCGUGCCGGGAGGCACCAGGAGCACUCGGUGUUCGAGCUCUUCUUUAGGGAAAACCCGUUUUGUGGCUGCUUCUCUCUAUUCGCCGGCCUCAACGAUUGCCUACUCUUUCUGCGCAACUUUCGCUUUUCAGACGAAGAUGUGGACUACCUGCGCUCUGUUUUACCGAGAGCUACUGACCCUGCCUUCUUCCAGUUUUUGCGAAGUCUUGACUGCUCCGGUGUGACACUCUCCUCUGUUCCAGAGGGUUCGGUGGUCUUUGCUCGGGAGCCUCUGAUGGAGAUUGCAGGGCCAUUGGCUGUGGUACAGCUACUGGAGACCAGUUUGCUUUGUCUUGUAAACUAUGCCAGUCUAGUUUGCAGUAAUGCUGCCCGUUUCCGCCUGGCGUCUGGCCCCCGGAGGAAACUGCUAGAGAUGGGGCUCAGAAGGGCUCAGGGGCCAGAUGGCGGGCUCACUGCUUCAAGAUAUUCAUAUAUUGGAGGGUUUGAUCUCACCAGUAAUGUUCAGGCUGGGUUGCUGUUUGGGAUCCCUGUUGCAGGGACCAUGGCUCAUUCAUACGUAACAUCUUUUACUUCUAUGGAGGAGGUCUGGCCAAAAACUCUUGUUGACCUGAACAGAGACCAUGCCCCAGUCGACUUCAUUUCUCUGGCCAAGGGAUGGCUGGGUCGGGUUUGUGAGCUUUUGGGAGUGGAGUCUGGGAGGAUCCAUGAGGGAGAGUUGGCUGCCUUCCUGUCAUAUGCUAUCGCCUACCCCCAAAACUUUCUUCCAGUUAUUGACAGCUACAGUGUUACCUCCAGUGGCCUGUUGAACUUCUGUGCUGUGGCCUUGGCUCUAUGUGAAUUGGGGUAUCGCCCGCUAGGAGUUCGCUUAGACAGUGGAGACCUCUGCAAGCAGUCAGUGGAUGUGCGCUGUGUCCUAAGACUCUGUAGCAAGAAUUUUUCUACCUCUGCCUUUGAUUCACUGAUCAUUGUUGGGACCAAUAACAUCUCAGAACAAACCAUGCUGGAGCUCAAUAAAAAGGAUAAUGAGAUCGACGUGGUUGGUGUUGGAACACAUCUUGUCACCUGCACUAAACAACCAUCAUUGGGUUGUGUGUACAAGCUUGUGGAGGUGAGGGGAAAGCCCAAGAUGAAGAUUAGUGAGGAUCCAGAGAAGAGCACCGUCCCUGGAAGGAAAUCUGUUUACAGGCUAAUAGAUGCUCAGGGACAUCCCUUCUUGGACCUAGUGUGUCUGGCACAGGAGUCUUCACCUGAGGCAGGACACCAUCUCAGAUGCCAUCCUCUGGUUGGUGAUGGCACUCCUCUCUCUGUCACUCCAGUUCAGGUCAUUUGUCUCCGCCAGGAAGUGUUUAGCCAAGGAGAGGUCACACACCCUUUGAACAGUGCUGCAGAAACUAAAGCCAACGUCCAGGGCUCCCUCCAGAGCCUUCACCCUCGACAUAAACGACUGGAAGAGCCCGACUCUUACACAGUGGCAUUGUCAGAAAAAUUAUACAACUUGGUUACUGAGCUGAGAUGACUGCAGUCCAAAAAAGAGCAACUUUAUCUUAGCAAAUUAAAAAUAUUUUAUGCCUUCAAAAUCUGCCUUUCUGUCUGUUUAUUGAGAUUAAUAUUGACUAGAACUACUCACUGAAAGUGUAAAAGCUAUACAGUAGAUGUCGGCUUUCAUCUCAGAACAAAUUAUCUGAUUUAUAAUUUGCGGGUGGGCGGGGGGGUUGCAUGAUCACAAUCUUAUUGAUAAGGCCUUACAGCCUCCCAACCUUCAGGUGAGUCUUGUUUUAUUUUUACAAUUAUAAAGUCAACACAGGGAGACCUUGGGCAAGAUUAAAACCUGAUAUGUUUCUUACCCCUACCCCAAUGCUUUGCUUUGAAUUCUGAUCAACCUGCAUUACUAUCAAAUGGAAGAGCAACAUUGGGGGUUUGCAAAUACUGUACUGUGUAUGCAUAGUUAAACUAUUUUAAGCAGAGUUAUAGUGAUAGGAACUAGUGUUUGAGCAUAGAGAUUAAAACAAACAUCUUUUCUUGGUAGUUUCUAUUCUAUUUCAAAGGAAUUCCUAUUGCUAUUUGUGCGUGUAUUUUAGGAUAAGCUUCUCUCAGCAGACAAUUACCUGUCCUGAUUAUCACCAGCGCAUAGUACUUCAAAGAUGCCUGAUUUGCAGUUUAUGGAGUAUCAUUUGGUGUGACAAAACUAGAUUGUAAGGUGUCACCAGGCUAGUCGAUAUUUCACGGUCACAUAGUGCCAACUUGUGCCCAGCAGUAUGUUUCAUAUACAGUGCCUUGUGAAAGUACAGUAUCGACUGGGGGACCGGUGGCUCACUCAGGACCGCCUGGAAUGACCUCAUUCACAUGCUGAGAUCAUUAAACCUUUAUAACCUGGUAACCUGAA